GUUGACGCCCGUCUUAUUUCUGCCAGCAUUCUUACCUUAGAACCUGCCCAGCUCCAGCUAGAGCAGUUCUGAAGCACGUCUUUUUAAUCUGUCGAAUAUUUUCAAACAAGGCAGCCAGCCAAGUUACAAGAUUGCUCGUCAAUUUCCGUCACUGUCACAAUGGGUCUUUACAACAAGCUCCCAGAGAUCAUCCAGGAGGUUGAUGUCAUCGUGGCUGGAGGCGGAACGGCUGCCUGCGUCGUCGCGGCCAGGCUUGCAGACGCCGAUCCGGAGCUAUCCGUGUUGCUCAUAGAGGGCGGCCCCAACAACAAGGACCCGACCAUCGAAUACCCGGCCAUGUUUACAGCAAACUUAGCCCCCAAUAGCAAGCAUACUUUGUUCUAUGUGACCAAAAAGUCGGCGGCGGUGGGCGACCGGGAACUUGUCCUCCCAGCUGGUGGUGUUCUGGGUGGUGGGUCAUCCACCAACUUCAUGAUGUACAGCCGUGCCCAGAGGUCAGAUUUUGAUUCCUGGAAGAUGCCCGGGUGGUCGGCUGAGGAAAUGCUGCCGUACCUGCGGAAGCUCGAGACCUACGAUGGUGCAGACCAAAGUGGUGUUCACGGACACGAGGGUCCGAUCCACGUCUCUCGUGGAACGUACAACUCACUAAGGAUCGAGGACGAGUUCAUCGAGUCAGCUGCUAAGCAGGGCCUGCGGGAGGUGCCAGACCUGCAAGACCUGGAGUCAGUGAAUGCCGUCUGGCGCGCUCAGCGCUUCGUUUCCCCUGACGGCAAACGCCAGGACGCAGCGACAUGCUACAUUCACCCCCGACUCGAGGAUGGGAAGCACCCAAACCUCCAUGGUCUGGUCGAGUCACAGGUCCUGCGGGUUCUUUUCGAUGACGAAAAGAAUGCCAAUGGUGUCGAAUAUCGACCAAACCCGGUCUUCCAUCCUGAUGACGCGGGUCUGCCUCGCACAAUCAAAGCCAAGAAGCUUGUCAUUGCCUCCAUUGGAGCGUGUGCUACACCGUCACUGCUCGAAAGGUCCGGCGUUGGGAGUUCCAAAGUGCUCGAAGCAGCCGGAGUCCCUGUUGUUGCCGAAGUACCUGGUGUAGGGGAAGGCUAUGAGGACCAUCACCUCCUCGCGUACCCAUACCUGAACUCCUUGGCUCCUGAGGAUACCCUUGAUGCCCUUGUCUUUGGUAGACUUGGCAGCCCGGAGGAUCUGAUCAAGAGUGGCAACAAAAUGUUGGGCUGGAAUGCUCAGGAGAUCCAGGCCAAGGUCCGUCCCACUGAGGCUGAGCUUGCCGCUUUCGACCCCGAAUUCAAGAAGGCUUGGGAUGAGGAGUUUAAGGCCCACCCGGAUAAGCCAAUGGUCUUGUUCAGUGUCAUUGCAGGAUUCCCUGGAGAUCCCCGCCUCGCCACCGGGGACCCAGCACUUGCCGUCACAGCCUUCACCGUCUACCCUUUCUCACGGGGCCACAUCCACAUCACCGGGCCAAGCCUCGGCGACCCGCUCGACUUCGAGCACGGCUUCUUCACCGACGCGGGCGGCAACGAUAUCAAGAAGCACAUCUGGUCCUACAAGAAGCAGCGCGAGGUCAUCCGCCGCAUGCCAUGCUACCGCGGCGAGAUGGAACAGUGCCACCCGCCCUUUGCCCCGGACUCCAAGGCCGCGUGCAUCAAGCUGACUGACGGGCCCCUGCCUGCUGAUGCUCCCGAGAUUGAGUACACGGCAGAGGAUGAUGCUGUGCUUGACAUGUGGCUGCGUGCCAAUGUGGGCACAACCUGGCAUGCUCUUGGCACUUGCAAGAUGCUGCCUCGGGAGCAAAACGGUGUCGUUGAUGCAAGUUUGAGUGUCUAUGGCGUCAAGGGCCUCAAGGUUGCCGAUCUUAGCAUUGUCCCUCGUAAUGUCGCUGCUAAUACUAACAAUACUGCCUUGGCGGUGGGAGAGAAGGCGGCGGAUAUCUUUAUCAAGGAGUUGGGCCUUGCUGGCAGCCCUGCUUGAUGUAUAGAAUACCGCAUGGGGCUCCUGGUCAAAUACCUAGGAAGUCCAUAGUCAUCGAAAUCGAGUCCAGACCACC